GAGGAUAUGAGGAACAGAACCAGAUAAAGUGGAGCAGUUUGUUUAGUUAAGAGGAAAGAAAACAAACAGAUCGUGCCAGGAAGAUCUGGACAGUCUCUUCGUCUCAGCUCCCCCCCCUCCUCUUCCUCCGGCUUCUCGUUACACAACUCCACACUGACAGGAGGGUCAUUUUCCAGCCUGGACUCUUUCACUGAAGUCAUUUUUGCUUCUCUCUAGCAUCUGUUUUACGGCAUACAAUAAUGGGUUUGAGGAUCAUUGUUGUUCUGGCCGUGUUAAUGGGGGUAACUGGGAGCCCCACUACGACAGUCAGACCUGAAACCACCUCAGUGGACACAGCAGCUCAUCCAAACAGCAUACCUGAGAUGGCAGAGGAAACGGGACAGAACGAAGUAUUUUCAGAAGAGGAGGCAGCGGAGGAUGUGAUGGCAACUGGUGAGCUGAAUCCAAAUCACUACCCUGCUCAGAGAGCAGCUAAGGUGGUCCAACACUACCUCACCACCCGCUACGGAUCACCCUACAGGCUGUUUGGACUGCACAGGGUUCACAGCGGAAACGCAGAGGAUGUGGGAGACUCUGGAAGAAAGUACCAGCUGGAGAUCUCAGUGCAUGAGAUCAUCAGCAAUACUACACAGAAAUGCUCUGCAGAGGUUUUCUUCCCACAUGGACAGAAGCAAGAAUCACCCCAAGUCCAGGCCUCGUGUGAGGAGCUUCUUAAUAUCAGUACUAAAGCUCAAGAAGAAGCCCUCUAUCAGCAGUACAAGAUGAACCAAACCCUGUUAUCAGCACAAAAUUUACCUGACAGCCAUGGGCACAUUGAGCCUGACAUGAAGCUCCUCUGGCACCUGGGCAUCGUGGCCUCCAGCUUCAUCAUGCUGAAGGAGUCCAGUGAAAACACUCUGUACAACAUGGCUCAGGUGGCCAACAUCACGCAGCUGGAAACUGAAAAGGAGCAGCUGAAGUUCAACUGUCACACACUGCUGCAUGACAUGGUGUCCCAGGAAAUCCUCCACUGGAAGCUGCUGUUCGCCUGGUCUCCUGCAGAGGGAGUCAAAGUGCUGCAGAUGGAGCAGCUGCCUCACUGCCAGCAUUGUGAAAAACCUCCAAACACAAACUAAGCUGCUGGCCCUCAUUGCACUGCUAUUACAACUAAAACCACAUCGUGAUGUUCACAUCUUGUAUUCGAAUAUUGGAGCAUGUGUUUACGAUGACGCUGCAAGUGCUAAGCCAAGAUCUGCUGCUGAUUCUGGCAGCACAAAACUGAAAGCUGGAGUGUGUUCUUAACAGAUUUUAAUCAAACCUUCAUUUAUGCAAGUAAAUGAUAUUCUUAGAUUGUGCUGUGUUUUUGGUUUCUGGUGUUUUUUGCCUAAAUAAACUGUGUAUACUGUCUCAA